UCCGGCCGUGGCCUUCGCGGCGGGGCUCCCGGGGCUCCCGGGCCUGGCAGCGGCCGGCCGCGGGCACGGAGGGGGCUCCUCCCGUGCCCGCCACGGGCUGCCUUCGGGGCGGGGGGCUCUCCGCCCCCAGCGGCCUCCGGUUGGGCGCAGUCGGCUGCCUCCACUCCGAGGUCGCAUCGCCCGGCGGCCUCGUCCCAGUGGCAAAGCCGCCGCAAGCCGCCAGGGGCGAAGCCAUCCGGCCCAAUGCAGGCGGGCAUCGGGCGCUUUCCCUGAACCGGUGCCCGUGGCCGUGCAAAGCCCCCCUCCGCCUCCGGUCCCCUUGCCUCGGGCUUCCCACGGAGAGAAGUCAGCCGCUCCCGCCCGCCUCGGCCCGUGGCCUGCUUGGGCUGCCUCCGUGCGGUGUGCGAGGGGCCUGCUUUGGGGGGCCGACUCUGGGCCCUUGCUUGCCCGUUCGGGCGGUGGCGAGAGCAGGCCGGCGUAUCGCCUGAAAGCCUUCGGGGCUCCUCCGGUCUACAGGGGCCAGGACGAGGGCGAGGUGGGGGGGCGCUUCUCCCGGAGCGCAGGAAAGAGAGCCUGGCCGAUUCCCCUGAGCGGCGUCCAGCAGCUGAGCCUUCGACGGCGGCUUUUGUCUUUGGGUGAUGCGGGAAGGGAGCCGCGGAGUUUUGGCUUCUCCUUGUGGGCAAUUAAACAGCGACGGUUCAAAGAUCAGCAUUUUAUUCGGUAGCGAUUCAGGCUUAGCCUCAUUAUUUAUAAUGGUUUUAAGUCCCGGGUUCUCCAAGUGGUGAUUUUAUACCAAAUUCAAGAAUUUCAGCAAAAGAUUUUUCAUGUUUAAUUCUAAUUCUCCUUUCUGGCAUUCUUGGGGUCUGCUCUUUAAACACUCAGAUUCAUGCUGAGCUGAUGGUGGCUUCCCCGUAAAGUUAUUCAGCAGACACUCGGUAGAAACAGCAGGGUGCUACUCCUUCCGUCCUCUGUGUCCCCCUCCCCACUCUCUCUCUCUCUCUCUGUGAGUGUGUGUGUGUGUGUGUGAUAAAAGCUACACCAUCAUCAUCAUCAUCACCAGGCAGACUUUUCUGGGUGAGGAUCCACCCAGCUGAUAGGCUCAACAAAGCAGGGAUGCUCUGGAUGAUGUCAUUUUAAAUCCUGCUCCAGGAAAUGAGGCAGAACAAGAGAGUAAAAGAGGGAACGUGGUGGGUUGAAGUCCUUUGUCAGAUGCCCCCUCCCCAUAGAGAGAGUAAUGGGGUCAGCAUCACAGAAGCAUAGCGCCUCUCCCCCCCCUUUUUCUCUGCCUUUUGUGCUGUUCAGGGACCCCAAGGGGGGGCACCUUCGUGCUGUCUUGGCUACAGACUCAUUCAGCUCCCUUCCCUUUUCUGUCUGCCCUCAGCCUGGAGCCCCCUAAAUCUGCCUUGGUGGUUGUGCAAGGAGGCUCAGGAUUCUUUGCCUGGAGGAGGCUGUGACUUUGCCCUGCCAGGUUCCCAAAGUUGAAGAUCACAGGACACUGAAAUUGGGGUUCGGAGAUUUUGCACCCCAAACUGCCAAUAGCUCUGAACUGUAGAAGUGAUCCUGGUGGAUCAGGAGGAGGUGGGGGGAGGACUUGGCAGCCCCGCCCUUUCUGGAAGUCUGGAGUCCUCCGUUCUCUCUGAGCUCGGUUGUUUUCUUGCAAGGUUCCUUCCUGGAAUUCUUGCUCGUUCCUAGGACAUGACUGGCAGCAACCGUGUUGCUCCAGAAAGUGCUCUCAACUGUCAGAUGUGUUUGUGGCUCUGCAAAGCACAUGGGGACCGUCUGAGCCUGCAGAACCGGCAUUUCUGCCUCCCAGGAUGUCAACAAGCCUUGAGAGGCUGGGAGGAGCUGCUGGGAAGCUUUUGGAAGGCCGAGACCCCGGCCCUGGGUGAAGCAUGCUUGGGUGGCGGCUCAGGCUCUUCCCCCUGGCCUUGGCUCCCAGCAGGUUGGACUGCUAUGGAAUAUGAUGAGAAGCUGGCCCGUUUCCGGCAGGGCCACCUCAACCCGUUCGACAAGGCCCCACUGCAGAAUCAGCAGGAGCAGAAGAGAGCCGGAGAGGAUUUUCCCCAGAAAGAUGUGAAUCUGGGAUUGUCUCCGGAGGAUCCAGUGUUCCCUUGCUCAGAGCGCACCAUGGAUCUGGGCUUGGCCGAGGACCAUUUCUCGCGGCCAGUGGGCCUCUUCCUGGCCUCGGACGUGGAGCAGCUGCGGGUGGCCAUCGAAGAGUGGAAGCAGCGGAUCCUGGAGCUGCCCGAUAACUCCGAGAAGCAGAAGGAUGCCGUGGUGCGGCUCAUCCACCUGCGGCUGCGGCUCCAGGAGCUGAAGGACCCCAGUGAGGAUGAGCCCAACAUCCGGGUGAUCCUGGAGCACCGCUUCUACAAGGAGAAGAGCAAGGGGGUGAAGCAGACCUGUGACAAGUGCAGCACCGUCAUCUGGGGGCUGCUCCAGACCUGGUACACCUGCACGGGCUGCUCCUAUCGCUGCCACAGCAAGUGCCUGGACCUCAUCACCAAGCCGUGUGUGCGCUCCAAGGUCAGCCACCAGGCCGAGUAUGAGCUGAGCAUCUGCCCGGAGACGGGCCUGGACAGCCAGGACUACCGCUGUGCCGAAUGCCGGGCACCCAUCUCUCUGCGUGGGAUCCCAGGGGAGGCUCGUCAGUGUGACUACACAGGCCUCUAUUACUGCAGCAGCUGCCACUGGAAUGACCAAGCUGUCAUCCCCGCCAGGGUCAUCCACAACUGGGACUUUGAGCCCCGCAAGGUCUCUCGGUGUAGCAUGCGCUACUUGGUGCUAAUGGUGUCCCGGCCGGUCCUCAAAUUGCGGGAGACCAACCCUCUUCUCUUCAAUUACGUCGAGGAGCUGGUGGAGAUCCGGAAACUGCGUCAGGACAUCCUGCUCAUGAAGCCCUACUUCAUCACCUGCAAGGAGGCCAUGGAAGCUCGGCUGCUGCUCCAGCUGCAGGACCGGCAGCACUUUGUGGAGAAUGACGAGAUGUACUCCCUGCAAGACCUGAUGGAUAUCAACGCUGGGCGGCUCAGCUGCUCCCUGACGGAGAUCCACACACUCUUUGCCAAGCACAUCAAACUGGACUGUGAGCGGUGCCAAGCAAAAGGCUUUGUGUGUGAGCUCUGCAAGGAGGGAGAUGUGCUCUUCCCCUUUGACAGCCACACCUCAAUGUGCACAGACUGUUCGGCUGUCUUCCACAGGGACUGCUUCUACGACAACUCCACGACAUGCCCCAAAUGCGCUCGGCUCACUCUCAGGAAAGAGUUGUUGCUCAAUAGGGAGCUGCAAGCCUAAGUGUGACUUCUCUGAAAUGGAGGGGAUGACAGCAAAACCACGGAGUCCCCAGCUUGCCUGUGACUUACCUGUCCUUCUUGAAGGGAAGAAGCUCAGACUGGAGAGGAAAGAAGCCUGCCAGAGGAGGGCGAGAUGGGGAUGCCACGCUCAAGCUGGAGAAGGAUGCUGCCUCUCCGCCUCUGGACAGAUGUCAGGAUUCUCCUUGAGUUUCCAAGUCUGAGGGAGUUUAGUCUUGGCUGCAACUGGCAAAGGUGGAGCAGUGGCUGCCAGAUGAGCUUAUGGGAAAUGGUCACCACCUCCCCUCAGUAACUGGGCAAUCUCAUCCCUGCUUGGCUGGCACGGAGUCCAGCUGUCCUGGCUUCCCUACAGACCAUGAUAGUUGAGCCAAGCCAAUGGCUGUAGAAAUGGUGGCAUUUGGAAAGUUGUUCCUUUGACCUGGAGAGGCUUGGUUUUCCUUUCCCAUCCGCCCAGCCCACGAUGGAGGCAAUUGCCAAGACUGGAUAUACUGCAGAAUAGUCUCUGCAGCCAUGAAGAGAGACUAUGGGACUCUUUAUACCACAGUAAUUUAUCACAAGCACUAAAAUCACUUUAAAUAAAGCUAAGCGUAAAUAUUAAA